AUGAGGCGAAGCGUGGGCAAACGCAGCGACGCUGGGAGCGUGAGUGGCAACAAGUCCUCUGGCAACAUGUUGCCAAGCAGUGGUCAUGUUGCUGGCCCAUGUUGCCGGCCUGUGGUGAGUUUGGCGCUGGCUGCCGCCACUGUUGGUCCAAUUGGGAGUCCAAGAACUGCUGGCAGUGCUCAGCAUUCAGUGCACGACGGAGUCUUCGAGACGGCGGCACACGGCGCGGCAACCGCUGAUUCACCAGUUGGCCUGUGUCCAUCACAUAGUGUGGCAAGUGACUGCUGCUGCCUCAGUUCGGCAACGUUUCUUUUUUUUCUCGUGCUAUCGCCAGUGAGAGUUCCGAGUGUAACGGUGGCAAGUGCCGUGAGAGACAGCCUCACGAUUGGCCCCAACUACAACUAUCGGCAGCUGUUGUCUGCGCUCGCGCCGCUGGCCACGAGUGCUGCACUGCAGCUCAAUGCCAGCUAUGCCGCCGACGAGAUCUACGGCGCCAGCGGCAGCGGCAGUGGCAGUGGCAGCGGCAGCGGCGACGGCUUCAACGGCAGCGAUCUCUACAUCUACAGCAAUGAGCUGGUGGAGCCGGACUCGACGAUCGCCACACCAGCCGCGAUUGGGCACAGCAAUGCAUCGCUGUCGGCGGUGCUGCCCACGGUGCUAACGGCGCCGCCGACCAAUCGCAGCGUAUCGCGCGUCAUCGCCGAUGUGCCAAUCUGGGUGAUACCCUGCUACAGCAUCAUUCUGCUGUGCGCCGUCGUUGGCAAUCUGCUGGUGGUGCUCACCCUGGUGCAGAAUCGCCGCAUGCGCACCAUCACCAACGUCUUUCUGCUCAACCUGGCCAUCUCGGACAUCCUGCUGGGCGUGCUCUGUAUGCCCGUCACACUCGUCGGCACGCUGCUGCGCAACUUCAUCUUUGGCGAGUUCCUCUGCAAGCUCAUUCAGUUCUCGCAAGCCGCCUCUGUGGCCGUCUCCUCGUGGACUCUGGUGGCGAUAUCCUGCGAGCGCUACUACGCCAUUUGCCAUCCGCUCCGAUCGCGCACCUGGCAGACGAUCAACCAUGCCAACAAGAUCAUCGCAUUCAUCUGGCUGGGCAGCCUGGUGUGCAUGACGCCCAUUGCGGUAUUUAGCCAACUGAUGCCCACCAGUCGCCAGGGAUUGCGCAAGUGCCGCGAGCAGUGGCCCGUCGGCUCCUUGGGCUAUGAGCGUGCCUACAAUAUCUUCCUGGACCUGGCGCUGCUGGUGCUGCCGCUGCUCGCCCUGAGCUUUGCCUACAUGUUCAUCACGCGCACGCUCUAUGUGAGCAUGCGCAACGAGCGCGCCAUGAACUUUGGCAGCAGCGGCCCCGACGUCGGCCUGACCACCAGCAGCAGCAGCAACAACAACAGCUGCAGCGGCAGCCGUCGCACCUUCGGCAGCUCCAACUAUCUAAUGCGCAUGCAGAUGCGCCAGGAGGCGCUGGCCGCCGACAGUGCUGCCCAGCUGGACAUGCUGCUACAGCAGCAGCAGCAGCAACACCAGCAGCAGCAGCAACAAUGUGGAGCAAGCCAAUAUUAUUAUG